AUAUUUUGCAUCACAGUUUCUUACUUGCACGUUCUCUCUCUCUUCUCUGUUUGAUUCAAUCUUUUCACAAUCUUUCAGUCAUGUCAUGGAAUCCACGUCUUCUUCUUCAUCUUCUUUAAUUAGGCAGAUUCACAGAAACAGAGCUUCCAUGUCCUUGUUGGUACAAUAAGAUCUCUGUUGCAGGAAAUAUAAGAGGAGGAAGACGAAGAAGAAGAAUAAGGAGGAGGAGAAGCCAGUAUGUUGCAUAGAGCAGCAAACAAUGCGUAUUCAUGGUGGUGGGCCAGCCACAUCAGAACAAAGCAAUCAAAAUGGCUGGAGCAAAAUCUUCAAGACAUGGAGGAAAAAGUGCAGAAUGUUCUGAAACUUAUAGAAGAAGAUGGGGAUUCCUUUGCAAGAAGAGCAGAAAUGUAUUACAAAAAGAGGCCAGAGCUGAUACACUUCGUGGAAGAAUCAUACCGGGCUUACCGAGCUUUAGCUGAACGGUAUGAUCACAUAUCAACCGAGUUGCAGAAUGCAAACACCACCAUUGCUUCUGUCUGCCCAGACCAAGUCCCCUUCAUGGAGGAUGAUGAUGAUGAAGCAUCACCAAGGUCUCCAAUGUCACCAAGGGUCCCCAGGAAACUACCAGAAGGUUUCAAACCACCAAGUAUCCCAAAGCCUCCGGUUAAAGAUUUUAAAAGCGCAAAUCCAAUAGCGCCGAAGAAAUUGUAUUCCAAGAAGACAUCCACUGCAGAAAUUAUUUCCAGAGCUCCUAAAUCUGGACUGAGCAAAAAGGAGGCACUUGAAGAGGUUGACAAGCUUCAGAAACAGAUUCUGGGACUACAAACUGUGAAAGAGUUCGUAAAGAGCACUUAUGAUAAUGCCAUUGCAACAUACUGGGAAACUGAGGAGCAGAUCAAGGAGUUACAAGAGAGAGUUUCCAGUUUACAAGACGAACUUGGUGAAGUUACUGUUAUUGACGACAAUGAAGCUCGUCGUUUGAUGGCAGAAGCUGCUCUUAAAUCAUGCCAAGAGACAUUGUCACAGUUGCAAGUGAAGCAGGAAAAGGCAAUUAAGGAAACCAGGAUAGAGUCCAAAAAAAUACAGGAUAUCAAGAAGAAGUUCGAGUCACUCAAGGAUGAGUUCCAAUAUAAUUCAACCAAUCAGAAUGAGCCAAGGACUAAAAGAGACGCAAAAGAAGUAGCAGAAGCAAAGGACUUGGAUGGAGAGGAGAGAAUGACUCAGCAGAGACAGGAUCUGCGGAUUUUACAAGAGAAGAUUAAAGAACACUUUGAGGCUGGGUCCCAUUCAUCUCUCAGUGUGACAGAAAUGGCAGAGAAGAUUGACGAGCUUGUGAACAAAGUAGUAAGCUUAGAAACUGCAGUUUCAUCCCAGACUGCUCUGGUGAAGAGACUGAGAACAGAAGCUGAUGAACUUCAAUCACAAAUCCGAGCUCUGGAAAAUGACAAGGCAAAUCUAAUCAAUGACAAAAACAACUUGAACGACGAGCUGAGAAAAAUGGAAGAAAAGAUGAAUGGAGUACAGAAUCUAAACCAAAUUGUUGAAAGCCAGCAUAUGAAUCUGCAAACCCAUUUCACUGAAGCACGCUGUAAUCUUGAUCAUCUCUCAGAGAAAGUCCAAAAUUUGCAACAGGAUGAUGCAGAGGACACAGAUCUUACUCAGAGAGAAAUGAUAUCAUCAGGUGAAGCCGAAGCAAAGCAUGAGGUUGAAGGAGAAGAUGCAGCGAAUCAAGAGAAUGUCUUAUUAAAAGAUGUAAACUCGGAUAGGAAGCAUGAAUUCACCGAUUCAGUAGAAGGUGAAGUAAAGUUACUCAUUGGUUCUCUAGAGGAUGAUACAAAGUCAGAAAACAAGCUUAUGGUAGCUGGUUCACGCAAAGAAUCAGAUCAGGAGCUUAAGGUUACAGUCACACAUACGAUGGAAGAGGCGCAGCCAGUGGCAAACAAAAUGCCAAGCGAGACUAAAGAGCAGGAGGGAACUGUUAGCCAUGACAGUGAUGAUGAAAGAACUAGAGAUGCUCUGAGUGCUAAUGCUGGGAAAACGGCAAUAAGUUCUUCAGACAGCUUUGAAAGCAAGCAAGAGAUCGAUGCAAAGUCAGAUAAGGAGAUUAAAGCUACAAUAACACAUGUAACAGAAGAGGCGCAUCCAGAGGAAAACAAAUUGCCAAACGAGAUGAAAGAACAGGAGGAAACUGCAAAUCUUGACAAUAGUGAUGAAAAAGCUGGAGAUACUCUAAGCACUAAUGCUGGAAAAAUAGCAGAAAUUUCUUCAGACAGCUCUAAAAACCAGCAAGAGAUCGAUGCUAAACCAGAGUCAUCGGGUACACAGAAUUCUCUCAAAUUUGAAGCCCAGGAGCAGCCAAAAGCACAAGAGGAUGAACCAAACUGGCAGAAAUUAUUUAUGGAUGGACUGCAGGAUAAAGAGAGAGUGUUGCUGGCAGAGUACACUAAUACUCUUCGGAAUUUCAAAGAUGUGAAGAAGAAGCUCACUGAACUGGAGAAGAGAAAUCAAGAGAGUGACUUUGAUACAUCUUUGCAGUUGAAGGAACUGAAGCGUGCUAUUGCCUUGAAAGAUGAAGAGAUUAGAUAUCUGCGUCAGAAACUGGAUCUCCUGCAGAAAAGCUUGGAGGGAAAUGAGGAAUUGAUGAAGUUAAAUUUACCAAUGCCAGUAAAGAACAUUGAUGAAAUCUUAAAAAUUGAGGCGUCUGGCGAUACAUCAGCCAUUGAAGAGAAGUUCCGGAUGAGCAUUGAUAAACUUCUAGAGGAGAACUUAGAAUUCUGGUUAAAAUUCAGUAGUAUUUUCACCGAGAUACAAAAAUUUGAUACCACCAUCAAAGAUUUAGCGACCGAAGCAUCAAAACUUGGCGCAGAAUUGAAGGCUUCAGAGGGCAGUACCAACGCAAAAUAUUCUCUAAAAUCGGAUGCACGGCCAAUUUACAAACACCUUGAAGAAAUCCGGACGGAACUAACUGUCUGGUUGGGAAAAAGCGCACUGCUGAAAGAAGAACUGAGAUUCAGGUUCUCAUCCUUGUGUGACAUCCAAGAAGACAUAACAGUGGCAUUGAAGGCCAGUGCUGAAGAUGACGAAUUUAAGUUCACGAGCUUUCAAGCGGCCAAGUUCCAAGGUGAGAUUUUGAACAUGAAACAAGAAAACAACAGGGUUGCUGAUGAGCUUCAGGCAGGUCUGGACCAUGUCACGACUCUGCAACUUGAAGUUGAGAAGGUGCUUGCGAAAUUGAAUGAACAGUUUGGACUCUCAACCACAAAUAAACCCCAAGCUUCCCAUCUGAGGAGUGUGAAUUCUCGGACCCGGGUUCCUUUAAGGUCAUUUAUCUUUGGUGAUAAUCCAAAGAAACAAAAACCAUCAAUCUUUUCUUUCAUGGCCCUUGGAAUGCAUAGGAAGUAUCGUUCAAGACCAAAGACCCCCAUGUAAACUAGCCCCACUAAUUUCUUUCUUCCUUUCUUUCCUUCUUUCAUUCCAUUUCUUUUCUUCGCUUAUAAUUUUUCUUUUUGGUCGAAAAAAAAAGUUGUUUGACUAGGUAGCGAUUGAGAGUUAGAGUGCCCUGUUACAAGUUACUUGUCGGGAGUUUGACUAUACGUAGGUUUGAGUUUGCAGUUAUAUGUAUCCUUAUACCAACUAGGUGGAUAUUGCUAUAAUAUGGGUGUCAGGAUUUUCCUU